GUAAGAAGAAGACAACUCCACUGUGGAAUUCAACCGGCGUAGUGAUGUAUUAGGAUUUUUAUACGUGUUUGGAUUAUCAUAACUUUGCAGAUUUGCACAGAAAUAGACAAAAUGUGGAAUGAUGUAGAGCUUCUGACUAAUGACGACACAGGCAGCGCUCGACUGUGUAUUGAUUCAAGACAUGAGUGUGGCAUUGCUCUAUAUCAGGUGGAUACAUUGGUCAAAGUUUCGUCAUCUGAACUGGUUUCUUCUAAUCCAAAGCUCUAUGCAACUAGUAAACCAAACGGCUGUGUGAUUGUUGCUGACAAAUCUGUGAUGUUACUUGACCAGAACUGUCAGUCUAUCCUAAUGCAGCUUCAGUUUGAGACUCUGGUAGAUACUGUGGAUCUUUGCUACAAUGGUCUCUUUCUUGUAGUUGGAGAAAGAAAUGGAAAUCUUCAUCUUAAUUUUGUCCCAUUAAAGAAGACAGUUUUAACAACGGAGCUGAUAAAUAAUGCAUAUGAUGAAGCUCAAAAAACAUACAAAAAUAUUAUUAUUCAGGAGGAUAAAUUUGAAUUGGGGAACUAUCACAUGAUCCUUCUUGUUUCUAAUGGUUUCUUUCACAUUUCAAAUCUACAGCUGUCAAAAAUUCAUCAAGCAAUUGAGAUAAUGGACUUUGAGAGCAUUAAAGAGCUGCAGAUGCCAAUCAAAAAAACAUUCUAUUCUACAGAGAAGACCCACAGUAUUGAGUGCCACUAUGCCACAGCUGGAUUUCAUCAAAGUGGCUGUCAACUUAUUAUUGGAGGUUCUGGAGACAACACCUUAUCAAAAUGGCAUAUGGAUCCAACUCAGAAAUCAAUAUCUGUUCAGAGUCUGCUGGAUUUAAGUUUAAUACAAGGUGUAAGAAAAUGUCAGAUUCUGGAUAAUUUGCUUUUUGUUUUGGAUAAUGAGAACAUCUUGAGACUGUUUGACGUUCAUAGCCUUGUUCUUGUCUGGCAUUGGCCAUCAGUAAACAUCCAUGAUUUUCUGCUAACUGCUGAGGGUGAUAACUGUUCAUCUACAAUGCAGGGUAUUGCAAAUUUAAAACUUAUAGUCCUCACUGUUCAAAAUAACCAACAGAUGAGAAACCUCAUGGUUUAUUCCCUUCCUUCAAUUAACUUGCUGUACUCCCUUGAAGUAUCUGAUGUAGCUGCCUUGGUCCAAACCGAAAUUGGCACGGAUACUAUUUACUUGUUGGAAGGAAUAUAUGAAAAUCAACAAAGGUCACAUGAAACUGCAGUAUCCAUAUUUGUCCUAAGAUGUUUAACAGAAGCAUUGCCUGAAAACAGGCUUAGCCGUUUGCUUUACAAACAUCAGUUUGAAGAAGCAGAAAAAUUUGCUCUUCAGUUUGGUCUUGAUAUUGAGCUUGUAUACAAAGUAAAAUUAAAUUUUAUUUUGGAAAACAUGUCCUCAUUCUCUGGGGGAAGCUGUGAACAGACCAAGUGCAUGCAACUUGUGAAGGAAGCCAAGGAGAAUUUACAUAAAAUUUUGGAUGAUCACUUUGUUGUGAAUUACUGCAUAAAUACACCAUGGCCAACUUUGGAAACUGCGCAGGAAAUGCUGUCUUAUUGCAAGUUAAGAGUUUUGAAGAAAUAUGAUUCCAGAAAUGUACAGCUUCUUGAAGAAUUGCCUUCCUUAAUAACUGAGAUAUACACUGCUUUGGCAAAGCUUGCUACCUUUUAUGGAGCUUUUGGACCUGACAAGUUUAGUGGAAUCUCAUGGAUUACUUUUCUGAACAACAAAGACCCAUUGAAUGAAAUUUUCAGCCAUUUAAGAGAAAGAAACUUAAAGUGUGCACAGUUCCUUUGGCUUCGAAGUCAGCCAGAAUUUGAAAAAGAUUUCAGUGUGGAGAAACUGGAGAUAUUUCUUAACAGCAUCCCAACUGAUAUUUCUUCUUCCGACAUUUGUCUUUGGUUUAAAACUGUCAUUAUCCCUUUCGUGAAGAGAGUAGUACCAAUAGGAGAGAAAAUUCUGGCAAGAUGGUUGGAGCACAGGUCACAGAAUCUUGAAUUGACAGAAAAGUGGAACUGGCCAGAAAAUGGCCUAGAAAUGGCCAAGUUGCUGUUUGUGUCGGCAAAUCCAAAUGGUUUAGGAUUAUGCUCUUCAGGCAUCUGGAUUCCUAUGAAAAAAGACAGUGAGUGUGAAGAAAUGGAGAAUUUAAAGAGACUCGUCCGAAACCUGCAGCAGUUGCUGGACCUGUACACCAAAUAUAACUGCAAACUCCGACUGUCUGAAUUUGAAAAGGAGACAACUGCUACUAUUGUUUUCCGCAUGUUAGAUAAAGUUUUAGCUCCAAAGCUCAUACCUUCUACUUUGGAAAAAAUUAUAAAGCCAUACAUUCAAGAGCAUAACUUGCCCUUAGAAGAGCUUCUGCUACAAUACAUAAAGGAUUUGCUUGAUAGAUGUAGUUCUCGAGCCAUUUCUCUGUUUGAAACGGAAUGGGAAGCCAAAGCUAUGGCUGUUUUGGGCUGUAUGUCUGAUAAGGAUCUGAUCUUCGAGGCAGUUCUGCAAAUAAUGUAUAAAUCUGUAAUGCCAUGGAGUGAAGCUGUAGAACAACUUGUCAAACAGCACUUAGAAAUGGACCAUCCAAAAAAAAAAUUGCUCCAAGAGAACUACAGAUUUAUGGAAAUGAAAAAACUUUUGAGAGGGUACGGAAUCCGAGCUUUUACUCUGUCUGAUGACAAACCAGUCAUGAGUUUAAUUAAGUACAUCUUGAAGCAGGAUUUACCCUGUUCCUUGGAAGAUGCCAUAAAAGUGGCUCGGGCGUAUAUGCUCCCUGCUGUUGAAGUUUACAUACUAAGAGUCAUCUACCUGAUUGAUAAGAAUAAGGGGGAUGAAUCUUUAAAUCUCCUAAAAAGCCUGUCAUCUGAUGAUGCAGAGAGUACUGCAGAGAGACUGAUAAUAUGGGCUCGUCUGGAGCUUCAGGAUAAGACUUCUAACUUAGAAAAGGACACACAGCAUCGCAUAGCAGUUGCACGGACCACUGUUGAUAUUCUGAAACUAAUGCAUAGCAUUCAGAAGGGUAAUACUUUAAAAAUAAUGCAAUGUGAGGAUAAUCUGAGAAUGUUUGAAGCAAUUGCUAAUUUACAAGAAGACUUUGAAAUUUCUCUAUCAUUGAAAGACUUUGAGAACCAUACAGUCUUGUCUGAGCUAUGUGAAGAAAGCCUUAAUUCCUAUGAGAGUACCUUGUCAGACCAGAAGAAUGAGAAGGCUGUAGAAGUAGAAGAUGGGCUUGAUAAAAAAAUGAAGAAAAAAUUGACAGAGACAGGGUUAUAUAGGCUUGCUUCUCUCCUGCAUCUCACCGAAGAAGAAAUUGGAGAAGAACUGACAAAGCGAGCCCUUGCAGUUGGCAAAGUUGAAAAGACCUUGGAAAUCCUCAGCAAGAUGUACCAGCAUCACUGUAACAUAAAGACUGGACAAGUGCUUUUUAAAGCUGCACAGAAGCUUUGCCACAUGUUGGAGGCAAAUGUUCCUAUGAUAAUUCCAGAGGGGUUAAACCUUCCUGCUGUGAUUAAUGAACUGGCAUGUCAAGCUGCUACAAUCUGCAGCACAGAUAUGCUUCUUGACUGCCAUGAAAUGUGCAAAAUUACAUUAGCUGCUGUAGAAGUUUACCGACAAUGCCAAAUUGAUGAUUAUGGAUUUAUUACCCGUACAUCUUUGGGUGCUGACCGCGAUCCUUAUACUGAAUGGAUAUUUGAUGAUUUCUUUAAUGAAGAUGGGAUUGUUCUUGAUCCAGUGAUGGUGUUACCUGUGCUGUAUGAAAUUUCUACUACAAUUGUACCUAAUUCAGGUACAAAGCUUUACCCCUUAGAUAGCAUCUGUUUAUCAAAUUGUUCUUAUGAAAAAGGGGUGAAUUUCCUCAACCCAGUGAAAUCUCCAAUGAUAUCAAUGGUACAGAAUCUCCGUGAGUGUAGUCAGCUGGAACUGGCGUUAAAGCUGAUGGUGAAUUUAUAUGGAACAUGUUUGCAACAUGUUAUCUCCAACAACAUGGAUCUAGCACUCAGUUCAAAGCUGCAUAAUCAACAUACCUUAGUAGAAGAUCGCAACUUUAUUGCUAGUAUGGGAGAAAUGACAGUUUCUACCAUCAGAGACACUGUUCUGGCUUUACUUCACAAGGUCUUUAAUUGUCGGGUAGUUGACUGCAAACUCGCCUUAGGAUAUUGUACCCUCUUAUCCAAGAAGGACGUGUUUGAAAAACUCUGGGAUGUAAUUAACAACACUUGGCAAAAUUACAACAAAAUUUUGGCUGUAGCAGCAGUUGGCAGUCAUCUGUCCCAUUUAUAUAAAGAAGAGGACCACAGCAAUAAAUUUGAGGCGGUAGUCAUUGACGCAGAGUGGGGAAUUCGGCUUGGCAAGCUGGGGAUUUCCUUCCAAUCGGUUUUUAGACAAUGCCCUGCAAAGAAGAGAGACCUAAUACCAGAACUUGUAAAAAAUCAAAAUGUGAGAUCUGAACAGAUAUUGCAGUACUGCAGAACAUAUGAUCUAGACAGUGACUCUGCCUUAGUAUUAUACUUGGAGACUCUUCUUCUUCAAGGAAUGAACCAUGAGAAUGUAAUUGGAGAGAAUACUUUGGAAAGCUCCGAGAUAUUAAGUCACAGCAAACUUUUGGAGAGAGCUUUUGAAAUUAUUCCUAGGCUGAAGAGUACCAGAAAUCUGGUUCUCAGCCUGAGUGCAGCCAUCCACAAGCUUAGUCCUUACAACUAUGAAACAAUUGAAGUAAUUAUCCGGGUGAUGCAGAUGGCAGAGGAUAACACUGGAAACAUGAAUUUGGAACAGGCUUUAGGAUUGUUGCAACACCUGAAGUCAUACAAGCGAAUUUCUCCUCCUGUUGAUGCAGAACACAUGUACAUUUUGGAGCAUUCACUUGAAGUAUCCACUUACUCUAAGACUAGGCUACCUUUCCAUUUGAUUUUAUUUCAAACCAGUCACUGCUUUUGGAAAAUCAUAUCUGUUGAAAUCAGUGAAGAUACAUUCCCGACCUUGCUGCUUAUAUCCAAACUAAUGAAGGUGUGUCUGGACAAACUUUACAUGUGUGCAGUAAAUCAUAUGUUUAAAAAGCAUCUAAUGCCCAAGUCUAUAAAGCAGUCAAAAGAGAGAAAUUGUCCUGUGCUUACCAAAGAUUUGGAUAAAACCGUCCAGACAAUUAAAGGAUACCUCUUGUCCAUCUCCAAUCCUGAGUGGGCAGCUGCCACUUCACACACUAUUGCUCAGGAGCUUCCAAAUGGACCUGAUAAAACAACUGCAUUAAAAUUCUGCUUGCACCUUGCAGAAAAAUGGAUUGCAGCUACUACACCUGAGGAUAAAACACAUCCAAAAGCACAGUUAUUCUUAGAAAAAAUUAAGGCCCAGUACCAAAGAUCAGCAACGGAAAAUGUUCUGAUUGCCUUCAAGUUGAACACUCCAGAGUAUCUAAAGCUUACAGCCUCCCCUGCUAAGCUUAUUGUUUCACUGUAUGAGCAUAGCAGCAUCGAAAAGAGGAUAAGGAAUCCAACAGACAAAGAUUAUCCUGAUAUUCAUGCUGCUGCAAAGGAGAUUGCCCAGAUGAACAAUGUGGACAUGUCAAAGAUCAGAGAUGUGUUAUUGGAGAAAUGGCUGUGCCAAAGUACUCCUCUUGUAACGGAUGAAAACAAGGCCCAGGAGUUUCUUUCUGACAUGCAAGAAGACCCAGAGCUUAUGAGAGUGAUAUUUCUCCUUCAGACAUACAGCAUUGAUCAUAGUGCAAGGAUUCUAUAUACUAUUGCCACUGCUGAAAUGUCCCCCAUUAGUUCAUCUAGUGUGCGACUUGCAUUCUCCCACAAAAGUCGUGCUUUAUUCUGCCUGCUGCAGAUCGCAGAUGAGGACACAGUUGUUAUGCUUGUUAAAACUCCAAUUGAAAAAGUCAAGUAUUACUUGAAAUGCUGCAUUUAUCUCGCCGAGUUUGAAGCCCUGAAUAUCCCCUACACAGUUGAGUCAUUCCACAGCAGUCUUAAGGAAGGCAUGAUCAAGGGCUUGUGGAAAAAUCACAGCCAUGAGCCUAGGGCUGUAAGACUGGUUACAGAGUUGUGUUUGGAGUAUCAGGUGUAUGAUUCACAACUCUGGAAUGGCGUUCUACAGAAACUGCUAAGUUUCAACAUGAACAGUUACAUCAAGAAGGUCUUGGUAGCUGUAACUGCUGUCCACUCACUGUGGCAGAUUCCCAGUUUCCACAGAGCUUGGAGAAGUGUUAUUCUUACACCCUUUAUGUCAGCAUUAGAUCCAACAAACCCUAAACAACUGCAAAUGUACUGUGACACAUUUGUUCUGCUUUUGAAGUGCCCAAUUCUCGCCGAGUUGGACAUGAUUGCUGUUGCGAAGCAUUUUGCUCAGCUAGACCUGUUAGGUUUCACGCUCGGAUCACUGUUGCUCAUUCCCAUAUCAGAGAAGAGAGAGCAGCAAAUUCAGGCAUUUUUGUCCUCCUGUAACCUUGUAAAUGUUCUUCAUGAUGUAGAUCAAUGUAUGAAUACCAGAGAGGUUGGCAUAUUUGCGGAUAAGAUAAAAGAUUUGGUCCUGGAGUUUAUUUACAAAAAUGAAUUAUUUGAGAAAGUUCUGAACCCCAAGGUUUUUCUACUGUUAAAGCAAUCCAUUAUUAAAUCCGAUCAUAUGAAGGAUCUGGUAACGUACCUGGUAAACAACAACUGCUCGGAUGAUGCUGCCUCAAUUAUAAUUGAUUAUCAUAGGUACAGGGGAAAACCACUUUUAUCAACCCUAACUACACAGGAUAUUUUAAAGGAAUUUAAUGGAGACUCAACACCAAAUGGAAUAGCUUAAUUUUUCUAUAAGAUCUUUUAUCUAGUUCUUUCAAAGGCAAUAUGUGAGGUCACGCUUCCUUCCUAAAAAUAUGAAGGUUUACUCUGUCAGCUGUUGCAGUUCAUCUAUAUAAAGCAUUCAGUAUCAAGAAUUUAGUCUGAUUUGACUAACUCCUUCAUGGAUCACUUGCAUAUGGAAACUUGGUUGACACAUAAAAUCUAAUUUGAAUACCCUUGUUGAAAGCCUUUCACUGUAUCUCACCAUUUUAACACUUCAUGAUCUUUAAGUCUAAUUUAUGUUCUGCUUUUCUUUUUGUACAUAUGUAGGCUACAAUAAAUUAGUUAUGUUUUCAAAUCUUUCGUAUGUCCCAAAAUAAAUAUUACUAUGGCAUAUGUCUUUGAUUUACUGAAGAAAAUAGUUAUGUUAAUGUGUCAACACAAAUUCUGCUGAGGAGAAUAUGGGGGUAAGACUUAGGUUAGCAAAUGAGCACUACAGUCAUUCAAUUUUGAAUGUUAUUUGUUUAAUGCAUUUUUAACAUUUGCUGUUCGGUAUUUGUGGUUGUCUAUACAAAAUGUUCAUUUGCCUAUUGUUUUUAGUAGUUUAGAAUUAAUUUUCUGUGUUAAUGUAACAAGUUAAAAGUGAAAAUUGUGUAAAUUACUGUUUUUGUAAUAUUUU